AUGAUGUCCUCAUACUUGGGCGUCGCCCAAGCCGGCCCGUCCGCGGCCAUGUACCAGCAGCACCCUUCAGACGCCUUUCUAGACGAUAUAUCUCGACAGAUGGCCAUUUCACAGGCCUCCCGACGGCUUUCUAGGGGCUCGACCUGUCAGCAACGAGCGGGAAGUGCCAUGAGCACCGCCAUGCGAGUUGUCAAGCCUACCAGUGCCAACAGCAGCCCGAGAUCAACCAUGGCGGCCAGGCGGAGGACACUGAUGGGCGACGGUUCUCUGGCAGCAAGGCGAAGGCAGCAGGUUGUGGACCAGAAUGUUUGGCCCCUCACGCAGGAGAUGCCAAGUUCUCAAACUCGACCCAGCCGCCCCCUCAGCUGGCACCCCUCAUCCUACUAUCACGGCCAGAUGUCGGCGCCAGCACAACAGCAUCUCGCCCAGUACCCGUUCCCUACCUACAACGACUACGAGCUUGCAUCUGGCAUGCAGUCUCACUACUCGCCAGUCCCGGCCUACUCGUGCAGCACGUCUCCCAAUUCUGCAUUUUCGCCCCUCGCUCUGCCGUACAACAGCUUCGACGCGGCCCCUUGUCUGCCCGUAGAAGGCUGGGGUGUCGCACCUCAACCCACGCCAAGUUAUGUAUCGGCCCAUGUGCCGAGCACCUUUGUCGAGCCGUUCCCUGUGAUGCCGACGUGUGACUAUGCCAGCUCGAACACGACGUCGCAGUGGAACUCGUUCGCCGCGCACGGGUUCAACAGCACCUCGCCGCCGACGCCUGAGAAUCUCCCCCAGGCACAGCAGCAACAGCCCGUUGUGUCGUCGGAGGACGCCAUUCCCUACGAGCCGCUGAACGAGGCGGAAGAGGAGGGCGAGAUCCUGGUGGGCAUGGGCCUCUACGAUGCGCCAGACAAGUACGAGGACGAUCCUCAACUCAGCCACUCACGGUCGGCCAUGUCGUCCCUGCUCGGCGCCCCGUAUCGCGGUCAAGAAGGCACAGGCAAGGGUCUCAAGUUGGAAGAGUCCUGGCAGCCGCCCGAGAGCGAUGACGAGGACGAAGAUGGCGAGGGAGAGGCCACCGACGAGACGGCCAAGGACGACGAUGAUGAGUAG